AUGGGACGUCUCUCCCAUACUCUACCACUUCUUGGCAAUGCCAUCCGCUUCUUGCAACCCCGUCAUGUGCUCUUCUCCUGGUUCGUCGACCAACAAGCCCGCUAUGGAGACGGUACGUACGAGAUAUCAGUCCCAUCUCUGCCACCAGGAGUGGUCAUCUCCAGCCCUGCCAACCUCGAAUUCGUCCUGAAGAACGAAACCCUCGUCACAAAGGGUGAUUUCUUCCGCUCUCGCGCUUGGGAUCUCUUUGGGCACGGCAUCAUUAACGCGACAGGCCCUGUAUGGCGUGCCCAACGCAAAGCCGGCCUACGCUUCUUCAGCGGCACCACACUCGAAGCCCUCGUCGACGAUGUUCUGCCAGAACUCUACCAUGACGUCGAAAACACCCUCCUCGCCGCUUUCCAGUCCGGCGAAACCCUCGACCUCCAGCGUGUCUUUCACGAUCUAACCACCAGCAUCAUGGGCCUAAUGGCCUACGACAUGCACAUCACAUCCGCGCACCCCUUCUCCCAAGCCUUCAACCACGCCUCUGCGCACAUCGCUUCCCGCUUUCAGAACCCGCUCUAUCCCCUCACCGAGCUCUUCUCCGGCGGCCCCUUCCGCCGCGCUGUCCGCGAAGUCAAGCGCUUCGGCCUCUCCAUCGUGACCACAGCCAAAAAGCGUCGCGGCCACGAGGCCUUCGCCUCCCUACUCGAAGGCACCGAGACCCCCCACUUCGGCACGCUAAUCGACUCGCUGAUCGAAUCCCUCGACUCGGACCCCACCCUCGUCGCAGACGCCGCCAUGAACUUCCUCUCCGCCGGCCGCGACACCACCGCCGAGUCCCUGACCUGGACUUUCUACGCCCUACUGCGCCACCCCGCCGCCCUCGCGCGCCUCGAAUCCGAGAUCCGCGCCGCCUUCCCACCAAACAACACCAAGGAAGAGGUCGCCCCUAUAACGAUGGCGGGCCUCCAGCCCGCACACAUCCCCUACGUCAUGGCCGUCUUCUACGAAGCCCUGCGCCUCUACCCGCCCGUCCCCAUCGAGAUCCAACAGGCCGCCGAGCCCCUCACAUUGCCGGACGGCACGCACCUCCCCCGCGGCGCCGUGCUCGUCUGGUGCAUCUGGGCUUUAAAUCGCUCCCACAAACUCUACGGUCCGGACCCCGAGGCCUUCCGCCCUGAACGCUGGCUCGAUGACGCCACCGGCAGAUUCGUGCCGCCGCGGGAUAACUGGGUGUUCCCGGUGUUUAAUGGCGGGCCCAGGGCGUGUUUGGGGAGGAAGAUGGCGGAGGUCUUGGCUUGUUGGGUGCUAGUGAGGGUGGUGAGCGAGUGGCAGUUCCGGGAGGUGGGGAUGCAGAGGGAAGAUGGGGAUGGGCUGCGGGAGCGGGUUAGUGGGCUGAGCUUGACGUUGCCAAUGGAGGGGGGCUUGCCGGUUAAGGUGAUGAGGCAGAGGCGGCGGAAGGGAGGUGGUGGGGUGGAGGCGAACCUGGAGAGGAGUGCUACGGGGAAUGAGUAG